UAGCAGCGCAUCAUGUUAUAAAUAUGCGAUCUUUGAGCUGACGAACUUCACUCUGACAGUUGUGGGAUGAUGCACAUGAAGAAGCCACUUCCGAUGACAUUUUAGUGUAACAGGGUGAAACAUCUGGCAGCAGUGUUUGACUUACAUAUGGCAAGUGACCUUUUUCCUGCAUGUGUAAAGUCAAUUUCUUACUUCAUCUACUGGAGCCUUCUGAAUGUACACAGACAGAGUCAAGAGACAGGAGACAGAUGAGUCGACAUCUGGAGCAAGUUACACAUCACCAGGCAGUGUGAUUUUCUCACAGCUGCAAUCAGGAUCUUCUGGCUGAACUGGAUGGCAUCUCACUGCUGCUGUUAAAGCUAAAAGGAGAGAAGCUGUCAAGCUCAGUUAGGAUUAGAAGGUGAAUGAAAGCAGGAAGCAAACCAAAGUACAAGAAGAGUGGACCAGGAGUGUGAAAUUUUUCCUUCUUCUGCAUUCUACGUGUUUUCCUGCAGCGCUUCCCUUCAUUCCUGCCUGUUGCUUCUUCUGCAGCUGCUGCUGACACACACUGGCAGAGAAAGCACUGUGUGAUGGACUGCUGAGCGGCGUGUACAUUGCUACAAACGAGAGUGAUCAACAGGCCUGACAGACAUGGGAAAGCAGAACAGCAAACUCCGUCCUGAGGUGAUGCAGGACUUGCUCGAGAGCACUGACUUCACCGAGCAUGAGAUCCAGGAAUGGUACAAAGGCUUCCUAAGGGACUGCCCCAGCGGAAAUCUUUCUAUGGAAGAGUUUAAGAAAAUCUACGGCAACUUCUUUCCUUAUGGGGAUGCAUCAAAAUUUGCAGAGCAUGUCUUCCGCACUUUUGACGCCAAUGGCGAUGGGACGAUAGACUUCAGGGAGUUCAUUAUUGCGCUGAGCGUCACGUCCCGUGGAAAGCUGGAGCAAAAGCUGAAGUGGGCGUUUAGUAUGUAUGACCUGGACGGGAACGGAUACAUCAGUAAAUCUGAGAUGCUGGAGAUUGUACAGGCUAUCUACAAGAUGGUAUCAUCUGUCAUGAAGAUGCCGGAGGAUGAGUCAACACCAGAGAAGAGGACGGAGAAGAUCUUCAGACAGAUGGACACCAACAGAGAUGGAAAACUGUCUCUGGAGGAGUUCAUCAAAGGAGCAAAGAGCGACCCCUCCAUCGUUCGCCUGUUGCAAUGUGACCCCAGCAGUGCGGGACAGUUCUAAACCUGAGGCACCAUUUCACCCUCAAAUAUUUUAGGUGACUCUAAACACCCUUAACUCUCUACCAUGGAGCAGACUGAUGAUGAUGAUGAUGAUGAAGGAUGAUGAGCUAACAACGAUGAAGGCUGUGAUUUGCACUGAGGACUAUAAAGACGAGCACAGGAGCGGCAUCCUCCAGUUUUCUCUCCACUCUCUAGACUUGUAAACCCACAUUAAAAAAACAGAACCUGAAGACUUUUUCAGUCCCAGGUUUUCUUCUCACCACAGUUAACAUAUCUGACCCCUCAACUCCUUCACAGACAGGGUAUAAAGAAGGUCUACAGCAGGUUGCGUGUGUGUAUAUAUAGAGUAUACAGUACAAACUGGGGUCUCUGUAUUGGUGUCUUUACUUGGCUGCCUGUGUGUCACUCUACGGUGUAAGAUUGACGGUGUGUGUGAUGAACAUGGCAGCAGAGAGACGACAGUGUGUAGAAACAGGACAAACUGUAGUUUACAGACACGUGAAGUUUGCCGUUCACUCGGAAGGAGUAAAGGUUUUUCUUUGCUCUCCUUUCUACUAUGAGAACAUUUGUGCAUGUUUGUUGAACUCAAAAGAAUUUGUUUCGAUUUUUUGUUUUCGUGCUGGGAAAAACAAAAACGUUAUGCUACUGUUCAUAUUGACUUUAACCCAUGAGUAGUUUGAAUUUGUGGCGUUUUAACCGAUGCUACCAAUAAGGCGCCACAGCCACAUCAUCGGUUCCAGUGGAGUUUGAUAGAUGCAGUGUCACUGUUUUUGCUGUCUUUAGAAAACAUAGAGAACUUGUCUUUGUAAAAGUACUUAGUAGUGUAGAUACUUUUUAUAGUGCAAAACCCUUUGUAAAGUUGCAUACUCCUGAAAAUUGGUUUCUGGUUUAUAACAAAUGUUGUGAAAUGACAAUUGACAAAAAAAAAAGGUUGUAUAUUUUAGUUGUUGCAGGAGAUCAAGCAUGCACACAUUUUUCUUUCACUUGUACUCUAUGAAGAACUAACUCUUGGUUUCUUCACAUCCUUCACUAUGAGGUGUGUUUGUUUGAAUGCUGCAUGCUGUUGAAACAGCACAAGACCUGAACUCAAUAACACAUAUGCAUGUAACACCUGCAUGUGGGUGUGGUAAGGCUGUGUCUUCAUAGAUACGAGUAACCACAAAGGUCAGUCAGUCCGUCAUCUGUGUGUGUGUGUGUGUAUGACUGUGUGCUGUUGUUGUGGCCGUGACAACCAGGAGAAAGUGUUAUCAACGUAGUAGAGACUUCACUGCUGCCAGGUUCACAGAUAGUGAAUCGCAUCAUUCCACAAGUGACAACAACUCUGUUUUUGUGUUCCCAUUUUGAGUUUAUUUCAAAGAUGACUCUCUCCUCUUUCUGUUUCAGCUCAUCUGCUUUGGCUCAUACUGUUGCUCUGCUGGGGUUCUCCGACCUUCACUGCUGUGUACCGAGUGUAGUUUCUUCCUCUUGUCUGUCUUGAACUAGUUUUAUCUUCCCCACAGUCAAAUCAACACCAAUAGCUGAGACUUAGUGAGAGGGGUCUGGUACCUCACACUGACCUGCUGCAACAACGUCUUUGUUGUUUUCCAACCACAGCCACAUUAUCUGUCUAUGCCAAGCUUAUGACAGUGCAAAAAGGUCUGGUUGACUUAGAAUGUAUCCAGGUUGGUGUUGGACAUUUGCAUGUCCACAGUUCUGAUAAGUCACAGAUCUGUGCCUAAUUGAGGGUAGUAUAAAAUUGUCCACAGAAGGCAGGCACAGAGGGGUUGUUAGAGUUGACAGUUGUGUGUUUUAGCUGAGCUCAGUAUUGUUCUGCAGCACAGUCGCAAGUACACUGAACAGAACACAAUAUAUGUAUGCUGUACUGACUUCUCGCUCAAGGCCUCUCUCACCAUUUUACUCUACUAAACCUCAACAAGACAACAGUAUUGACUGACUUCAAACUGAAUUUUAUGAUUUUCUUCUAUCUUUUUCCAUAAACAGUUAAGUAAAAAUACACGUCUUUUGAACUAGACUUUAUGAAUAGAACAUUGAAUCACAUGGGCAUGUCGAGGGUGAGCAAGUGCUGACAAAUGUCAGGGUCAGAAUACUGGUGUUUAUGCAAACCUACAGAAGACACUGAUGCAGGAAAACAAAGCUUUGCAAAUGAAGCCAUGUCCUCGAAGCAAAAACAGCAAAGCCAUGAAUGUUUCAUUUAAAACACAUUACUGUUGUUGUGAAAGAAAUGCAGAAAAAAUGCUCCGAGGAUCACAUCUGCUGCAAUGAUACUCUCACCAUGUUUCUUUUACUGUAUUUUUAGACUGUUUUCAGGUUAAACAUUUCUGUUUAAAACACAAAAAUAGCAUCCUGUGCCAAAUGACAACAAAACAGUAUUGUAUAAAUUUACACUGUAAAAAUGUUACCUGUUUGAACAAAAUGUUUGUAACUGUUGCUUUUUGUAGGUUUUGUAUGGCGUCCUGUUUUUAGUGACAACAAUUUUCUGGAUCUAAUGAUUCAUUUUAUUGGGGUCAGGAAUUAAAUUUACAAUUUAUUGUGU